GCUGGGCACAGAUUGGUGUUAGUACUAGGAGAUCUUCACAUUCCACAUCGAUGCAACAGCCUCCCGGCCAAAUUCAAAAAACUGCUGGUUCCAGGAAAGAUCCAACACAUCCUCUGCACAGGAAACCUCUGCACCAAGGACACUUACGACUACCUCAAGACUCUGGCUGGGGAUGUUCAUGUUGUCAGAGGGGACUUUGAUGAGAACCUGAAUUAUCCCGAACAGAAAGUUGUAACUGUUGGACAGUUCAAAAUUGGGCUGAUUCAUGGCCAUCAGGUUAUUCCUUGGGGUGACAUGGCCAGCCUGGCGCUGCUACAGAGGCAAUUUGAUGUGGACAUCCUAAUUUCAGGACAUACACACAAAUUUGAGGCAUUCGAACAUGAAAACAAGUUCUACAUCAAUCCAGGAUCAGCUACAGGAGCCUAUCACGCCUUAGAGAACAACAUCAUUCCUUCAUUUGUGCUGAUGGACAUCCAGGCUUCUACAGUAGUCACAUAUGUCUAUCAGCUAAUUGGAGAUGAUGUGAAAGUAGAAAGAAUUGAGUACAAAAAGUCUUAAAAAUGUUUUGGCUUGCCUGGUAUUUUUACCAUCUCAUUCUGAACUGCAAGUUACUACAGUACUUGAUCGCUAGUUUACAGUACUACACUGAACUUGCUAACAGCUUAACAACGUAGCUCAUUGGUAAUAACUUCAAAACAACAUUGUGUUUGCUUUUCUCUGUAUGAAUGGAUUUGUAAAAUAUUCCAUUAAAAUAACUGUUUAAAUAUACUGUUCCUUAAUGUUGUAAUAAACUCCACUUCAUAGAAAAA